GUUCCUGAAGAUCACGUUUAACGCGCAUGCGCGAGAAAGCAUCCUCGAGACAACACUGGUUAGCAGUCUAUUAUAAUACAUAAAAGUCUACGAUUGAAAUAAAAAUACUUCUUCUUUCUUUCUUUCUUUUAUGGCUGGUUGGGCAUUAAUCGCCCAUACACCAUUGUUUCUUAUGAGUUUGUAAAAUAUAAGCAAAACUCCUCUAAAGAGAGGAGAGAGUCCAAAAAAAGAUCCAGACAAAGGACAUACGCAGCACGCAAAAACACGUCCGAACCCGACACGUUGUCAGUCGGAACUUUGAAAUAAAAAUAAGAGGAAAGAACGUGAGAAAGUACAUCAAAUUUCGCGAUGAAUGAAAGUAGAGUAAUGACAAUUAUAUUACGUAGAAUGUUUAGCAAGAAAUACUUCAAACCUUUUGCUGGUGUUCGUUCGAGAAUGCAAAUAAUAAAACAGAAUGAACCAGAUACCGAUAUUGAAAAUUUCGAUAGUGAAGAUUUAAGUGAAUUUGAGGCAGAUUUCAUGAAUAUCGGUGAAAGCCAUAAAAUGCACGAAAGGGAAAUGCGAAGAAACAAAGAACAUCUUAAACAACAGAUUACCAAUCGGAAGUAUUUUAAAGAAAAAGAGCCACGUUUUCUUACAUUUGCAGAAAGACAACUGAUUCGUAAAUUAUACGAAUCCAAUCCUGAAGAAUGGACAAUAGAGAGGCUUAGUGAGAGUUUCCCUGUUUUGCCAGAGACAAUACAAAAAAUUCUGCAUGCUAAUUGGUCGCCGAAAUCAGUGGAGAGAGUCAUGCAAUAUGAUGAUGUUGUAGUUGAAAAUUGGAAGAAGUUUCGUGCUGGAAAACUUCCAGUAAGCGCCAGACUCAGUGAACACCUAAUGAAGUUUAAAAAUAGAAAAAUUAUUAUGACAGACAGGGAAUCAUUGGCCAAACAGUUCGUCCUACCUGAGCCAAAAUUUAAGGAACCAAAGAGUCAAUUGUUUUCUAAUAUUAUACAAUCUUAUCUAGAUGAAAAACAAGAUGAUCAAAAAUUAUUAUUGCAAGAGAAUAAUCUACACAAAGUAGAAGAUGCGUUUGCUCACUCUAAUAAAAAUCAGAAUUUAUUGAUUGCAGACAAUAAGACUGAGAGUAAUUUCAAAGUUGUUAAAAAUUCACAGAAAUUUACAAAUGAGGAGCAGUAUCUUAUAUUAAACUCGCAUACAGAUUCAGAAAAAUAUGACAUAUUGCCAUUAAAUAAAAAAAAGAAUAACAAGACGCUAUUUACUUUUGAUGAAUUUGUAAAAACGAAGCUGGAGUGUAUACAAAAGGAGUCUCCAAAAGAAGGUAUCACACUACUAAACCUGUACAAGAAACAGAUGGAAGCCAGUCAAGAGAUGCAAACUGCAUCCGAUAAAGUAAUAAUUAGCAUGGAAGAGGAUACAUCAAAAAUUGUACAGAUAUCUAACAAAAGCGUUUCUACAGUUUCUGAAAAUAAAGAUGGCGAUUGUAAUAUUAUCAUGGCAGAUGAUAAUUUGAUAGAUACAAAUAUUAAAGUGUGGAAUAAAAAGAUAGAUACAGAAUGUGACUACGCUAAGCCAAUAAAGAUAUCAAAGAAUCUCUACAAACUUGGCAUGACAUAUCGAAUCAGCGAUUGUUAUUAUGAUGACGAUGGGGAGUUUUUGUAUCGGAUCCCGGGUAUACAAACUUGAUUGUUGCAAUCGUUUGAGAAUGGACUUAUUAAUCUAUAUACAUAAUUAGUCGAUAUUGUAUAUAUAAUGUAUGAUAAAAAAUAUUUAAUAAAAGGAGACUGUAAGUUCUCUAAU